ACCACACUAAUACCAUGACAAACUCAGGAGCUGCAUCACCCAUCCUCUCGGGAGUUCAACGCGUACCGCGCAUGUAUCAGUCAGCAAGCCACCCCAACUGCUUCCCAUGCCACAAGCAACAGAAGGAUGCAAGCUCCCUGUGGCAGUAAUGUACCUUACCUAGUACCUACAUCUACGAAUUUCUAUAAGCCACCCGUCGCGUCCGCUGCAGUCAGCCCCCCGAGCGUUGUCGGGGAACGCACCUGCCGGACCCGGGCCUGGGCACCCAAGUCCGAGCGACGCUGCUGCAAGUCAGGCCCAGGGUUAUCCAUAUGUGCUGUGCUAAGGCCUCGUCGGGAAUGGCUGUCUAUCUGCCCUGCACGCCUUGACUCUUGUUUGGAGCGGCUUUUUAUCUGCUCAUCUGGCAAGGUGUCUCAAUGGAAUAGCAGUUGCAUAGGACGCCCUCGAGAACAACUGUCACCACAUCCCAACUGCUGGGACAUGCAUACAUGCACAUACACAUGCGUGCCCGUCUGCAGUGUGUGCGUAUUGCAGUGGAAGUGUAUGAAAAUGAAUGACAAGGAUUGGGGCCGAACCCGCUGCGGCGGGACAAUGACAUGGACAGCAAGUGAAGACGCGACGCUAAAGACACGACCCUGAACCUGAAUCCUACCUGAUUGACAUUGUAACCGUAAGGUAGCACACUCCACGCUAACGUGGCUGCU